AUGCGCUUCUUUCAGAAUUUGGCGUCGAUAGCCGCAAGCAUAUCAUGCUUGGUUGUCACAACACGUGGAAGCUCACAGUCCAGAGAUCCUCUAAACACUAUCGCCACUAUUGAAGAGCCACGGAUACAUACGCACAAUCAGAAAGUCAAUGCAUUCUCACAUUUCGAUUUAACGUUCGAUAUUCACAGACAUACUCAACAUGUUCGCUUAACACUUGAGCCUAAUCACGAUAUCCUUGGAGAUGAUUCUUAUGUGAACUUUUUAGAUCAGGAUGGCAAUACUGAGCGCGCUGAGAAGAUAGUCCGAGAAGACCACAAGGUUUACCAAGGUCAGGCAUAUCUCGUGGAGGCAGACGGCACAAAUAGGCACGUUGGCUGGUCAAGAAUAUAUGUUCGAAGAGAUGGAGCACAACCCCUGUUUGAAGGAGCAUUCACCAUCAUGGGAGACCACCAUCAUAUCCAAUUAAGAUCAACCUACAUGUCGACGAAACACGCUCUGGAUCCUCAUCUAGAAGAAGCCGACGACGAGUACAUGGCAGUAUACCGAGACUCAGACGUUGGCAGGCUUUCACAUACCGAGCUGAGAAAGCGAAAUGCUCAAUCGAAAUCAUGCGGUGCUGACGAACUGACCUUCAACACGGAUUCACAACAUCCCGUGCACAAGGAGAUCCUCGCUAGGAGUUUGAGUACACUAGGCGAGAUGUCUCCUGCCAACAUCUUUGGUAAGAGGCAAACCAAUAUUGAUGGAGGAGCUAUCGGAAAUGGUAACUCGGCCGGUGUCAACUUGAGGAGUACUAUUGGAGAUACGUCCGGGUGUCCCUCCUCGCGAAGAGUCGCCCUUGUUGGUGUUGCUACUGAUUGCACGUAUACUGCGGCCUUCAAUUCCACCGAUACCAUGCGACAAAACAUCAUUAAUAUUGUUAAUACUGCCUCAGAUCUAUACCAGUCCACCUUCAACAUCACACUUGGUCUUCGAAAUCUGACAGUGUCCCCAGCUGAGUGCCCAGCCACCCCUGCAGAUGCCACAAGGUGGAAUGUUGGAUGCUCCGACAGCUACACGAUCACGAACCGACUCAAUGAUUUUUCCAGCUGGAGAGGGAACUUGGCAGGUGAUACCAAUGCUUACUGGUCGCUAUUCACAACUUGCAACACUGGUGCUGAGGUUGGCCUCGCCUGGCUCGGUCAGCUCUGCAAUCAUGGUGGCACAAAUCAGCAAGGGAAUGGAGGCGCAACGCAAACCGUCACAGGCGCAAAUGUCAUUGCGCGAACCAACAACGAAUGGCAGGUCUUUGCACACGAGUCUGGCCAUACUUUUGGUGCAGUCCACGACUGUGACAGCAGUGCUUGUGCAGACAGCAGCGCGGUUAGUGCUUCACAAUGCUGCCCACUUAGCUCAACGGCUUGCAAUGCGAACGCGCAGUACAUGAUGAACCCAUACUCAGCAUCUGGCAUCCGUGGAUUUUCCCCCUGCUCUAUCGGCAACAUUUGUAGUGCUCUAGGUCGAAACUCGGUUCAAUCCACCUGUCUUACGGAUAAUCGUGGUGUGGUCACUAUCACAGGCAAUCAAUGUGGUAACGGUAUUGUCGAAGAAGGCGAGGACUGUGAUUGUGGCGGUCCAGACGGCUGCGCUGGCAAUGCAUGCUGCAACCCAAACACUUGCCAAUUCAAUGCCGGAGCAGUCUGUGAUCCAAGCAACGAAGGCUGUUGCACGAAUCAGUGCCAAUUUGCAGCUGCCAAUACGGUGUGCAGGCCUUCGACAGGACAGUGUGAUCCACAGGAAACCUGUUCAGGUUCGAACGCAACUUGUCCGACAGAUCAGACUCAGCCCGACGGCACGAACUGUGGCAAUGGUCUACAUUGUGCUAGUGGCCAAUGUACAUCUCGAGAUCUCCAGUGCAAGACUGUGAUGGGAAGCUAUACGGAAGGUAACGACACCUUUUCUUGCAACUCGCAGACAUGCACAAUCUCGUGCGCCAGUCCUGACUUCGGCAUCAAUGUCUGCUACUCUGUACAGCAGAACUUCUUGGACGGCACACCCUGCGCAGGUGGUGGUCGUUGUGACAAUGGGGUUUGCCGCGGCACGUCUGUCGGAGGAGAGGUACGGAGCUGGAUAGAUGACAACAGGACGCUCGUCAUUGCAUUGGCGUCCGUUCUUGGUUCCUUACUCCUGAUCGCUAUUCUAGGAUGUUGCAUCCGAGCAUGUCGACGCAAGCGACAUCCAUCCAAGAAAGUACCACGCGCAUCGAGACACCAGGGCUGGAAUGGACCACCCAUUCCGCCACAGAUGCAAAGUCGCGGGUAUGGAGGUGGAGGAUGGUAUCCUCAACAACCUCAACCCGCAUAUCCUGGUGGGCCAAGUGUUCGUUAUGCAUAG